ACUGAUUUCUGAACUGAAAAAGCCUCAGGCCUUUCAUUCCAAAGAAAAAAUGGUUUCCUCACCUUUAAACUGUAAAUCCAAUCUCCAUUCUCGCUCAAACAGCCUACCUUCUAGGCUUCAUCCCCUUUUUCCUCAGAUAGAUGAGCAUCUCACUAGGCUUAUAAGUUCUAGUGAAGCCAGCCCUUCUUCAUCUUCAUUGAUAAGCAAAAACCUAAGCAACCUCAGAGAUGUCUAUGAGAUGGUUGAUGCUUUGCUUCAAUUGCCUCAUGCAGAACAAGCCUUGGCCCAAAAAUGCCAAGAUGAUGAGGUGCUUAAUGGGUCUCUCAGGCUCUUGGAUGCGUGUGGCAUGGCGAAGGAUGCAUUGUUGCAGGCCAAGACAAGCACACCAGAACUUCAAUCAACCCUAGGAAGAAGGGGUGAUGAAGUUGAGUUUGUACAAGACGUUAAGGAAUACUUAGCCCCAAGAAAGAAAACAAAGAAGUCAAUUAACAAGUUUUUGAGAGACUUGAAGAGUAAAUGUGGUUUGACUCACUUGGAAAAUGAUACUGAAGCCAUAGUUAGGAUGUUGAGAGAGUCAAAUUCUAUGACAUCGAAGCUGUUCCACACCAAACGCGUCGCCUGUGACGAAGAAGCAUUACAAAGUAAUGAAUUUGCAAAGGUGGAUGCUGCAUUGUGCACUUUCAUCAUUCAGACAAGAAAAGCUGAUAACAUCAGUGCCAAGAAAGCCCAAAAUGAGUUGCAGAAAUUGGAGUCAAGCAUUGAAGAUCUCGAAGAUGAAGUAGAAAGGCUGACGAGGCAAUUAAUCAAAAUGAGAGUCUAUAUUCUCAACAUCCUCAGCCAUUAAAAUUUUGAAGCAAUUUUCAGCAAAUAGUUGUAUAUGGUUCGGAAAAAUCCUGUAUAGUUAUCUCCAAUUGCAAAUAAAAACUCAAAUUUGAGUUCAAAUCAGCAUUGUUCCUUGUUAUAUUUUCUGCUAGCUGAAUUAUUUACUACAGUGCAAGAAUACAUCUAUGGUGUUCCCAGAACUUAAAAGAUCACAAUGCAAUUGUAAAUUCACUAGAAAAAGUUACUAAUCAAUAUGUCAUGUUUUA